AUGCCUCGAGAGCUACCUGGAUUAUACUGGGAUGAAGAAAAACAACGUUACUUUCCCCUAGCUUCGUCACGGAGGCCUCAGGUUGUAGGCCCCAGCACCUUACAUCCACCAACCAAGCCGCAAUCUUUGGCAGCACCUCAGGCUACAGGGGAAUCCUAUAACUUAAAAAGGCAUCGAACUCGUUCUCUCUUGCGAGCAAGGGAAGAUGCCAGGUUCAGCUUCCGCACUGCUCAUAAAAACAAUAGCGCAGACGUCCCAUGUUGCAUUAUCGUCCAUUCUAUCAUUUGCACCCUGCGCUAUCACCGCCUUCCAGGUACGACCAUCAUCAUCAACCUUGUUUGCAGUCAUAUUCAUAAUGGCUGGAUUCGUGGUAAGGCCGUAUCCUACAAUAACAAUGUCCACAGUUUCGCAGGGGAUACUGGAGGAUGGUUUUACUCGUCAGUCAUUGGUAGAGACGAGCCAGUCACGGGGUAUCACACCUCGCAUGACUGGCGCCCAGAGUUCAGCAAGUACCUGGCUGUUCAACACGAAAAAUACAUCACACAUCUGAUCUGUCAGAUCUCUUCCAUAUGUAUAUCUGGUUCCCGCUGCAUUGCAACCUCGUUUGGUCCAGAGAGCAAAAUAUUGCAAUUCCCCCUCGACUUGGACUCAGAAGACAUCCGUGUGUCUCGUGUAAAUAAUCGGUCUGUUCGUGACAUAUGGACAGCUGAUUUUCAAGGUUCCCGUUUGGUGCUGGGCACAAAUGAUCAAGCUGUAGUCAUCGAUGACGCUACUGAUCGAGCGACUAUUCGUUUUAUGAAAACGGGUAGCGACGUAUUUGCUGUUGCCCAAGACGAUAAUAUUAUUUAUACAGGGUCUCGUGCUGGCAUUGUCCAACGUUUUGAUAGCCGUAUAGCUAGCACCAAGGGUGAUCGCAUUUUUAGCGACCCAUGUACGACCCAGCAUAAUUCAGUGACCAACCUCAAGAUUUUUUACGAUUGGCAACUUCUCACAAGUAACAUAGACGGAAGCCUGGCUAUGUUUGACCUCCGCUUCCCUGGUAACCGAACGCCUGUAAUCUCGUUUACAGGCAAUAUCAAUACCUACACUACAAAGACUCCUAUUGCCGUCGAUCCUCAUGAACAAUUCCUCUUUGCAGCCGGUCAAGACCGCCGCAUUCGUCUAUGGUCGCUCCGUACAGGAGGUGCACCGCUUGUUUCGCCUGCUAGCGUGUUUCAGAAACCAUUUGAAGAUCCGAUCCGUGCGCUCCAAGUUGUUGAGGAGCAAGAAGGCGUUUUGGGCUUGUGGGCCACAUCGGGUGCAGCACUCUACAAAUAUAACCUAGGUCAAAGGAUGGAAGAAGAGUCUGAGGCAAUGCAGUGCUGA